GCAAGAGACACCACAGGACUAGUGAACCUACAUACGAAUCAUGGACAAGCAAGAGAAGAAGCUGGCGAAAGUCAUCAAGGUGAUGGGACGUACCGGUGCCCGUGGUCAAGUGACCCAAUGCCGCGUAGAGUUCAUGGACGACCAGUCACGAACCAUCGUGCGUAACGUCAAGGGCCCCGUCCGUGAGGACGACAUCCUUGUGCUUCUUGAAUCAGAGCGCGAGGCACGCAGGCUGCGUUAAGCAGCAGUGGCCCCGAAGUCGCUGCUUCAAAUUCGUACUGAUCAGAAGCUCCGCUUGCUCGACGGUAGAAUCAACACCACGACAACACCCACACUGGAAGACGCCACCAUGAGUAUCCGCUGGAAACAUGCCACGGGAUCAAGGCACGAUUAUACCUACAUUCAUCUUCAACAAACACAUUGCAUGACAUGCUGCUCUUCCUUCCCAUGCUUGACUUGUAUGCCAUCUGCCCCUUUGACUCAGCGCACUCCAAAUUCGCGUGACAUGACUGAAGCAAGU